CAGCAAAAGUUGACCACUCUUGAAAACCAGUCGCUGAGCGAGCACUCAGCGCAACAAGAGUGGAACUUUCUCAUCGGUAUUUCUCGAUUUCCUUAUCUUGGCAAUGUUUUACAUAUAAAUUGCUAUUCAUCGAGUGUUAUCUUUAAUAAUUAGUGAAACAAUAAAGUGGUCACAUCGGGUGUGAAAAUGUACGACAAAAGCGCUCAAAAACGGCACAGGAAAAGGAAAACCUGGAGAAUUAAACACUUGAAAAUGUUGGGCGAUUAUGAAGAUGAGUCGUCGUCUUCGAGUGGCGAGCUCACCCCGACUCGCAAGUCCGGCCCUGGAGCGGCGGCCCAAAAUAGCGCCCAGCAAAACCCAUCGAUCCUCUCCUCCUUACGGAGCGUCUUAAUUGUUAUAAGUUCGGCGCUGAUUUGUUUCGCAGCGGCGAGAAAUUCAAUCACUUGGCACUGCCAGAGAUUCUGGGGGGCGUCGGGCGACUUCUGGCAGGCCCAAUGGGACAAGUUCUUGGAUACGGUGGGCGAGGAUCCCUUCAGUUUAUGGGUUUAUGGGACAACGGUCUUGACCUUUGGGGUGUAUUGGCUGUUUGGGGGGAUUUACACGAUUUUAGAUAUGACAAACAAACCGGCGGCCCUCCGACGGUACAAAAUCCAGCCGGGGACGAACGAACCCGUCGACAAUAAAAAACUGCUCCAUGUCAUUUGGUGCGUGAUUUUCAAUCAAAUCAUAGUCGGCUUGCCCUCCACGAUCCUCAUGUAUUGGAUCAUGUCCUGGCGGGGGUUCCCCCCAUUGCGCGAGCUGCCCACUUUCCAUUGGGUUUUGUACGAAUUGGCGGUGCACAUUCUAGUCGAAGAAGCAGCCUUUUAUUACUCCCACAGACUCCUCCACCACCGCUCCCUCUACAAAAUCAUCCACAAGCAACACCACGAAUGGACAGCCCCUAUUGCCGUCACUGCAAUUUACAGCCACCCGAUUGAGCAUCUCUUCUCCAAUUUGAUUCCCCCAUUUUUGGGGGUUUUUAUUAUGGGGUCUCACGUGGCCACGGCGUGGUUAUGGUUCACUUUAGCCCUCCUAUCGACGCUAAAUGCCCACUCUGGGUACCACCUACCGUUCUUCCCAUCACCGGAAGCCCAUGAUUUCCACCACAUGAAAUUCAACAAUUGUUUCGGGGUGUUGGGUGUGUUGGACCGGCUUCAUGGUACCGAUACCAACUUCCGGUCAUCGAGGGCCUACGUACGGCACAUUAUGAUGCUGAGCUUCAUACCUCCAAGGGAGGCCUACCCCGACCCCAACCCUUGCAAACACAAGCUGGGCAAGCAGUAAUGGGGCCAGGGCACGAUAUUUUAACUCAUGCACAUAUAAUGUAAUAAUGUUAAAGUGAAUAUUGUUAGAUGUAGUUAUUGCGACACAUCCUGAAUAUGACCAGGAUUCAUAAAAAAUAUUGUAAUUGUUAUAACUCUCUAAGGGGUGAUUUUUUUGAAUAUUUGACGGUUAUUGUAAGAACGGAAUGUUCCAUCCGCAGCUUCCUUGGCCAAUGAACGAAGUGUCCCUUCACCCGUUGUGUCUAACGUGGCAAAAACUAAGGAAGCUGUGGUUCCAUCAAACACAAUAAAACUUGUUUUGCGUAAUAUAACAUUUAUAUUACGUUGCGGUUACAUAAAUUUUAUAUUUGUUAGUGUUUAUGGGGCAACAGCAAUGGUUUUUGGGAACAAUCUCAAGAAAUCCUUUUUCCCAAGGAAAUGGCGAACGUAAUUAGCGUAAGGAGUGCGAGAAUUUCACGGGCUGUAUUUUUACUAUUUGUAUUAUACUAUUGGUUAAAUAUAGCAAUAAAUAUUCUGACUGUGAA